AUGUCCACAGUCGACAGCCCCUUGCUGGGGCACAGACCUCAACACCCUCACCCAGAUGAUGUUGAGCAUCCUCUGGGCCACAGUAAACGGCAGCAGGGACCCGGCUCCAAUGUUCUCAAAGUUCUAGCUGUCUUCUGGACAUUUCUGAUAAUGGGGGCGGGUGAUGCAGCAUAUGGGCCUUUGAUUCCCUACCUUGAAAAAUACUACGACAUCUCACACGGCACCGUUUCGCUUCUAUUCCUAUCUCCCAUUUGUGGCUACACGCUUGCGGCACUCCUGAACAGCGAAGUCCACGUCCAAGUGGGUCGUCGCGGUGUCGCUUUCAUUUCAGCGGCCUGCCACUUGCUAACGUUUAGUAUCGUCUCCUUGCAUCCUCAAUUCCCUAUCGUUGUGGUAUCUUUUGUGCUGUCUGGGUUCGGCAAUGGACUAGCAGACUCAGGAUGGAACGCUUGGAUAAGCAGCCUGUCUCGCUCGAAUGAGUUACUGGGGAUGCUGCAUGGUUUGUAUGGGCUGGGAGCUGUGCUAAGCCCAUUGAUCGUGUCCGGACUGGUAACCAAGGCCAAUGUUCCGUGGUUCUACUUUUACACUAUUAUGGCUGUGUGCGCUACUAUGGAAGCUGUUGUCUGCACCAUCGCCUUCUGGGAUGAUAGACCGAUCGCCAGAGGAGCGGGCGAUGACACCGAUGACAGCGAACAUGGUAGCUUGAAACGUGCUCUUUUCCAACAGCCCUAUGCUCGGGUGACUUGGAUCUGCGCGCUCUUCCUGCUCAUUUACGUCGGCAUUGAAGUCGCUUUGGGCGGAUGGACAGUGGUCUUCAUGAUGCAGAUACGCCACGGUAGCCCGUUUGCCAGCGGCAUGGCUGUUACAGGAUUCUGGCUGGGCAUCACCUGUGGCCGCAUUUUCCUCGGAUUUGUUACGCCGAUGAUAGGCGAAGAACCGGCAGUUACACUAUAUUCCGUGUUGGCGAUAAUCUCCGGCUUCAUCUUCUGGCUAGUGCCAAACUUCAACGUCUCGGCAGUCGCAGUCUCUCUGCAAGGCUUCUUUCUUGGCCCUCUAUUCCCGGUCCUCAUUGCAGUGGCCACCAAGCUGCUUCCCCAAUCACUGCACGUGAGCUCGAUCGGGUUUGCCUCGGCGAUCGGAGGGGCUGGAGCAGCAUUGAUGCCAUCGGCGAUUGGUGCAGUCGCAGAAGCCAGAGGGGUCCAGAUUCUGCAGCCUUUCAUUCUUGGGCUCUCGGGUGUGGCCCUGGUAUUGUGGAUGUGCUUGUGGUGGAUUUCAAAAAGCAAUUCACGGACAUCGAGUUAA